UUUGGCUCGAGACCAAUUAGAUUGCCGGCCGUUCCUGAGAAGGCGCUGCCUCUCCGCAAACCACCCACUUUCGUUGUGCUGAAAGCGCAAAGCGGAUGGACUCUACAGGAGGCAAAGCUGCUCUCAGCGUGAUGCGCCUUGGCAAACUGCGAGCACAGCUCAAUGAAGUCAUGAUUAUCGAGGAGAUCCAUGACCAGGAGGUGCGAAAGUACACCGAGGAGAGCUUGCUGGAGGAAGCCGUGGAGACAGAGGAGGAGGAGAAGUGGACAGCUCCCGCUCUUUUGGAUGACGACUUGGUGGUGGGCGACUGUGACUCAGAUGAUGAGGUGCCCUGCCCCCCCAGCAGCUCGAGUGGCCGGAGCACAGCGCGCAGACUCAUGCAGGCAAGAGCCCAACAAUGCAUCGUAUGUAUGGAGGAGAAGGAGCACACCUUCGUGCCCCCGCACGUGGAGAGUAACCAUUCUCAUACAGAUGGCCACCGCUUCUGCAGCGACUGCUGGAUCGACUUCCUGGACCACGGGCUUUUGGUCCUUCGAAGAGGAGUUUCUCCAGCUCCGCUCUCUUGCCCCAUUUGCCGUAGCUGUAUCCACGUGCCAGACGUGUGGACGGUUGAUGUGGAACUUCCCUCUGUUUGGACGCACGCCAAACCAGUCGAGCCUGAGGUCCAAUGCCAUGAGGUGCAAGUACUGAGCCCAACCUCAGAUGGUGAGCGAUCAGCCGCAGAGCUGUCAUGGGUGAGUGCUGAUAGUGCCAGAUCCUCCGAUGACUGUGCUCCCGAAGGGCGGCACAUGCUGCCUCCAUUGUGCCGCCGCGUUUGGGCCGCUGCGGUGCGAUCCGGAGCGCAGUACCUGCGCAACGUCCUGGGCGAGGCUCGGGAGGCCCAGGGGUUUGUCGACUUGGACGCCAUCCACAACUCAUGAGCCAUAGCAUCUCCGGGCACUGUAAAGCAGACCCCCUUGGCGGAGAGGGUGUAGCAAAGAACUGGCGAGUCGGAUUCGACUCCCGCAUAAAAUUCGGUGCAUGAAAGGUAGCCUGGCGUUUAGGGCAUGCUGCGCCAUAUGGACCGCACGUGCCCUGGGCGGCAGCUUGGGUGUGCAAAGCAUCGCAGCCUUGCACUUGCAUGUGAGGAGAGUGCCGCCAUGAAGAGCGGUGAGAACCCGUCAGCAAGAAUGGGACCCAUGUAUAGCCUGAACAAAUCCGGCAAAUUUUAGGUUAGUUGGGGCAGUUGCUGGUUUGGCAUGCAUGGAGAUAUGGAGAUUUUCUUGCAUGCCAAACUCUUCAUUCAGCCGGUG